GAGUCGAGACCAGAACUCGAAAAGUUACUUCUCACCCUCACUCAGCUCUUCUUUCCAUACUCAGCAUCAAGCUGUGAGAGCAACAGCUAAGGGAAAGUCGAAACCUUUCAUGUUAUUUGCAUUGCAGAGAAGUUUUAUGGACUGAAUUCUUUAUUUUUGCGUCGAUAUUUCUAGAAAAGAAAAGCGAAAAAUGGAGCAUUCCCAGCAAACCUCUCUGAAGAGAACCUUCCAAGUCAUGAAUGGAGGGCAAACAGAAACUGACUCGACGAACGUUCACAAAACACGGCCUCUACGAAGAGAUGAGAUGAAGGCUGUCAAGGUUGCAUUAAUGAGGAACACAAUUGCUAUGGUGGAUCCGGGUACUGACAGGAGUAUGCUUUCUCUGCUGAUGGUUCAAGAAUUUGUGAAAUCUUUGAUGGAGAUUAAUGUUGGCAAAAAGAUUGCAAUUCUAGCCACUACAGUUAAUCUUGUUCAUCAGCAAUUUGAGGCCAUAAAAUGCCACACCAAGCUACAAGUCCAACAAUUCUAUGGGGCAAGAGGAAUUGAUACAUGGGACGCUGACACAUGGGAAAAAGAAGUGAAUGAUCAUGAUGUUUUGGUGAUGACACCACAGCUUUUAUUGAAUGGAUUGGUAAAGGAAUUUUUGAAUAUUGGAACAAUUUGCUUAUUGGUCCUAGAUGACUGCCAUUGCGCCAGUGGCAGCCAUCCCUAUGCCAAAAUUAUGAAGGAUUUCUAUCAUCAAUCCAGCAAAAAGCCCAAGAUUUUUGGGAUGUCUGCUUGUGUGAAGUCUAGGAAAGGCACCUCAACAACCAAGGAGGAUCUUGAAAAUCUUCUAGACUCCCAGAUAUUUUCAAAAGAGAAUUCAGGGGACUCGGAAGAUCUUUCCUCUUCCACAAAUGAGUGCUGUAUAUUUUAUGAUACGACACAUACUUGCAAUUUGGAAUUGAAAAUAGAACUGGAUUCGUUGUGGUCUAAGUUUGAUGCAGUUUUACUCAAGCUGCAAGCUUCAUCAGAAUCAGUGCCAAGUCAGUCUAUUGAUAGUUUAGAUACCAGUGCUAUGUAUGAGAUGUUGAGGAAGAAGUUGUCUGAUGAUCAUGCAAGUAUCAAACACUGCCUUUAUAAUCUUGGGUCUAUACCUGCAUUAGAGGCUGCUAAAGUUUGUCUGGAGAAUAUAGUUAACAGUAGAGAAGAAUAUCAAGGCAAGGAAGGCUCCUCUCAGCGUAGAUAUUUUCUUGAGGAAGUAAUAUCGACUUUUGAUGAGUCAUUGCCACCUGAUUAUAAAAAGCCUCCAGCUUGUGGUUACGAUCCUUCUGUAACAAUCAUGAAGGGCCAUAUAUCACCCAAGUUACAUCUGCUCUUUGACACACUCAAAUCAUUUGGGGUGGAUCAAUUACCAUGCGUCGUAUAUGUUGAAAGCGCUAUGACAUCUAAAGUUGUAGAAAGACUUGCAAAGACAAUAACUUUUGGAUCCUUCUGCUCUAGAAUGGUGGAUAUAUUAUUUACAACAUAUACAGUUUUGGAUGGAAUAAAUGCACCUGACUGCAAUUCUAUCAUAAGAUUUGAUUUGCCAAGUGCUGUUUCUAGCUACAUCAACUCUCAAAAACAAGCUUGUAAAAAGGCUUCAAAGUACAUAACUAUGCUUGAAAGGGGAAACUUAAAACAAAGAGAGCAAAUGUUCCAUUUGAUAUGCUGUGAGUUCCCUAUGUUAGAUAUAUCAGCAAUAAAGGAGGACUAUGAUUCUGCAACAAUAGAGGAGUAUAAUUCUGUUCCAAAACAAUGUGAAGUGAAGAAAAGCGAUGCAUAUUGUGCACAGACAACUGGUGCAUCUGUGGAUGUGAGAAUAAUGGAGUGUAAUUCUGUUCAAAAAGUAUGUGAAAUGAAGAAAAGCAAUGCAUAUUGUGUAGAGGCAACUGGUGCAUCUGUGGAUGUGGAUUCAAGCAUCAGUCUUGUAUAUCGAUACUGCCAAAAGCUUGGACACAAGAAUGCCAAUCCAAAGCCAGAAUUUGAGACCAUUGUGUCCCCACAGCAGUUGUACCGAUGCAAAUUAACAUUACCAAUGAAUGCAGCUUUUCAAACCAUUAUUGGCCCUGAUAGUUUGAAUGCUCGUGUAGCUAAAAAAUAUGCAUGCUUGGAGGCAUGCAAAAAGCUGCACGAGUUGGGGGCACUGAAUGACCAUCUUCUCCCUGCUAGCACAAAGCCUACCUCCCAAAAGGAUCUGGAUUUGCAUUCUCAAGUAUCAACGUCAGGUGCAGGAACUACAAAGAGAAAGGAAUUGCAUGGGACAUCAAGCAUCAGUGCACUGGCUGGAUUGUGGGGAGAGGUGGAAGCUGAAGUAAAUUUUCAAGCUUAUAAAAUGGUCUUCUGCUCCAAUGAUCCAGAAGUGAACUAUUCCAGUUUUGUUCUUUUAAUGGAAUCAAAGCUAGAUGAUGAUGUUGGAAAUAUAGAAGUGGAACUCUACUUGCUUAGAAGAAUCGUUAAGGCUUCUAUCUCCUCACUUGGGCUAAUAACGCUGGAUGCAGAUCAGGUCAGGAAAGCAAAGAGGUUUCAGGAAUUCUUCUUUAAUGGGCUGUUUGGGAAACUGUUUACGCGCGCAUCAGGUGAAAGGAAGCUCAUAUUUAACAUGGAGGAAUCUCUUUGGGAGAAAUCAUAUAUGUACUUGCUCUUGCCCCUUGAUACAGUAGGCCAUAGUUCUGAACGGUUGUGCAUUGAUUGGAAUGGAAUUCAUUCCUCUGUUUCUGCUGUGGAAUAUCUGAAGAAAAAUGCUUGGCUUAAUGCUGAGUUGUCUGAAGCUAACAGAAGGAAUGGUUUUCUCCUUAGAAAUGAUUUGGAUGCAAUGGAUACUGAUUCUAUAGAGCAGAUUCACAUGGCCAAUAUAUCAGUUCCUAGAAAUAGUGUGAGGGGUAUGGUUGUUGUUGCUAUUCAUUCGGGAAGAAUCUAUUCUAUCUUGGAAGCUGUUCCUGAUUCAUCCUCUAGAAGUCCAUUCGAAGGUAGCACUGAAGAAGCCCCAUCUACCUAUUCAUCCUAUGAUGACUACUUCCAGAAAAGGUACGGGAUUACUCUGUUGUAUCCUGAACAGCCGAUAUUCCUGCUAAAGCAAAGCCAUAAUGCCUAUAAUCUUCUCGUGGACUUCAGAAACACAGGAUUGUCAUCGCUAAAGGAGCCAGAGAAUAACAGCAAAACGGCUAACAUAAAACCACAUCAGCAUGCUCACAUUCCACCAGAACUUCUUAUCAGUAUUGAUAUUAAAUUGGAUGUCUUGAGGUCAUUUUACUUGAUGCCCUCACUGAUGCAUAGACUCCAGUGUUUGAUGCUUGCCAGCCAGCUAAGAAGAGAGAUUUGUUGUCAUUAUGGUGACUCAAAUGUGCCAAGCUCAUUGGUUCUGGAAGCUCUCACAACUCAGAGGUGCAAUGAGAUUUUUUCCAUGGAGCGUUUAGAGUUGCUAGGAGAUUCAGUUUUGAAAUAUGCUCUGGGUUGUCACCUCUUCCUCAAAUAUCUCGAUAAAGAUGAAGGAGUGCUCUCUGACAAGCGUAGAUGGGCAGUGUGCAACUCAACACUUCAUAGGUUGGGCAUCAGCCGUAAUAUACAGGGAUAUAUACUAGACCGUCCAUUUAUUCCCCGCACAUGGGCUGCUCCAGGUCAGCUUUCUAUUUGGCCUUCUCCAUGCAAACAUGGGGUGGACACCUUAGAAGUGCCAGUGAAUGAUGAUUUCUCCAGAGAUGAUGAGACGGUUGAAAUCGGGCGGUGCUGUGAUAGAGGUCACAGAUGGAUGGUAUCGAAGACUAUAUCUGACUGUGUUGAAGCACUGGUGGGGGCAUAUUAUGUUGGUGGUGGGUUGGUUUCUUCUAUUAAGUUGAUGAAAUGGGUUGGUAUGGAUGUUGAUCUUGAUGAUCUAUCCAUGGUGAAUGAUGCCAUAAAAGCUGCUUCUCUGCACUCCUAUAUGCCAAGCACUAUUAACAUUGAAAGCCUCGAGUCAAAAAUCGGUUACACAUUUUCUGUCAAGGGGUUGAUAUUAGAGGCCAUAACACACAAAACUAAGCAAGAGCUAGGUGUUGGUUGCUGUUACGAGAGGCUUGAAUUCCUUGGAGAUGCCGUGCUAGACAUUCUAAUCACUUGGUAUCUCUAUCAAAACCACACUGAUGUUGACCCUGGGGAGUUGACAGAUUUACGUUCUGCUUCUGUCAACAACACAAAUUUCGCUCUUGCUGCUGUGAGGGCAAAUCUUCAUCCCCAUCUUCAGCACUGCUCAACCAAUCUUGAAAGCCAGAUAUUGGAAUUUGAGAAGUCCAUAUCUAACUCUAGCUGCACUGCAGAGUUGCUUGUGGGCGGGAAAGCUCCCAAGGAAUUGGGAGACCUUGUGGAAAGUAUUGCAGGGGCAAUACUUAUUGAUACCAAACUUGACUUGGGCAAAGUCUGGGAAAUCUUUGAACCGAUACUCUCACCCAUUGUUACUCCUGAAAGUUUAGAACUCCCUCCAUAUAGGGAAUUAAUUGAAUUGUGUAGCUCUUCUGGCUACUUUUUGAAACAAUAUUGGCAAAGAAAGGGGGAAGCAGUGCAUGCCGAACUUACAGUACAGCUUGAAGAUGAGUUACUGGUUGGAGAGGGGCUUGGGCAGUGCAGAAAAGAUGCGAAAGGGCAGGCUGCUCUUCUUCUACUAAAGAACUUAAAGAGUAGAGGAGUCUCAUCAACGAAGAACAGACCAGAGACCGACCUUGUUGUUCCUUUAGCAGGAGUUCCUCUGUUAACUGCUGAUAUCUCUAGCAAUCCUAAAUCAAAUAACAAUAUUCCAGAAAUUCCGCCAAUCAGCGUGAGAAAGGGAGGACCAAGGACAUCACUGUUCAGCCUAUGCAAGUCACUUCAAUGGCCAAUACCCACAUUUGAUGCAUCCGAGACUAAAUCAAAGUCUCUGAUUGAAUUUGGCGAGGGUUCUGAAAGGAGGACUGGAUUUAUCAGUUUCGAAUCCCGAAUCACCUUGACGAUUCCAAAUGUUGGAGUGAUUGAACUCUCGGGUGAGAAAAGACCCGACAAGAAGAGUUCUAGUGAUUCUGCUGCACUUGCCAUGCUCCUUGAACUUGAACGACAAGGGAAAAUCACCAUUCGUAAAGAGUAAUCUUUUCUCUGUGCAUGAGCUAUUUUUGACGUAGGGACUAGGGAUAACGAGCUGGUUUUGGAAGUAACUGUGUAUCUAAUUCUAAUCGGGGCUGAUGGUAGCAGGAAGGUGUGUUUAUCCUGUAUAAUCCAAAUUUAACACACCCGAGUACACAUGCAAUAUUGAAGUUAAAUUUGGUGCAAGUAGCAUUUAGAUGAUGAACUGACUGAAAAUUGUAAAUACUAUUCGGUGGUAACUCUGGCUAUCUACUUGCAUUUAAAAUCUUUCUGGCUUUUGCCCUCCUUUCUAUUCAUGGUUUCCAUCUCAAAGAUUCUAUUACUGUGGCCACUGCACCUGUGCUGCCGUGCAAUACCCGUG